AUGCUUUCCCCAGUCGUAAUUCUCCGAUCUCUUCCUUGGGUCUUCCUCACCUUCUUUCUUUUCUUCCCGCCCUCCCUUUCUGAUCCACGGAUCACCACAAUUGACCAACAAUGUGGGUACACUUCUUUCCAAGGUAGCGUUGACGUUGAUCACAUUUCGAAAGUUGUCCAAGGAGAGAACGGUCUUGCCCAACUCCUCGGCGAGCAAGGUUGGGGAGCCCAAGUCUCCAACACCUAUCCACCAGUAUACAUCCUAGCUCAAUGCCAACAAGACCUAUCGCCGGAAGACUGCCUUCUCUGCUUCAACGAGAGCCAGUCCAAGCUGAGCAACUGCCUUCCCGCCACUUCUGGUAGAGUAUAUUUGGACGGGUGCUUCAUCCGUUAUGACGAUUACAACUUUUUCACCGAAGCCGUGGACCCUCGUUACGAUAUUGUGAAAUGUAGUUCGUCCAAAGACGUGGCUGCCGAGGACUACAUGAAAUUGGAGUUUGCGAAGAAAGUUGGGGACGCGAUCGUGAACGUGACGACGAGUGCAGUUUCGGAAGGGGGAUUUGCGGUGACGGAAGUAAAAGGCGGAGUGGUUGCAAUAUAUGCAAUGGCGCAAUGUUGGGGGAGUCUGGCCGAAGAGAGUUGUAGAGAAUGCUUGCAGGAGGCAGGUAAUUUAGUCAGAGGGUGUGCACCUGCCAAGGAAGGGAGGGGUUUGCUUUCUGGCUGCUAUUUGCGGUAUUCAACCGAGAGGUUUUUUGCCGAAUACACAGAGGGUACUCGUCCCGGAGGUUACACUUCUAUGCAAGACCUUUCUGAAACUGCGUUCGUUAUAGCAAUUGCUUUGGCAUCACUUGCUUUUUCUCUACUUGCUCUUUUUGGUGCUUGUGUUGGCUACAAAAGACUAUCAAUGAUUAAGAAAGGUAAAAUUUCAAUAGUAGCAAUACCUGUAAAACCUGUAACAGAAGCAAAAAUCCAAUCAAUUAAACGGAAUAACCUUGGUGAGAUAUAUUCAUCCAUGUCCCAUUUGAAUUUCAAAUAUGAGAUACUGGAAAAGGCCACAGACUCUUUCAAUGUCAAUAACAAAUUAGGCCAAGGAGGUGCUGGUUCAGUAUUCAAGGGGACUCUACCUGAUGGAAAGGCUGUAGCAGUCAAGAGGUUAUUUUUUAACACCAGACAAUGGGUGGAUGAAUUCUUUAAUGAAGUAAACUUAAUCAAUGGAAUUCAGCACAAAAACCUUGUUAAGCUUUUGGGUUGUAGCAUUGAAGGCCCAGAGAGUCUUCUGAUCUAUGAGUAUGUACCAAACAAAAGCCUUGACCAAUUCCUUUUCGAUAAGUACAAGGUUCAAAUUCUAACCUGGGAGCAGAGGUUUAACAUCAUUGUUGGAAUAGCUGAGGGGAUUGCAUAUCUUCAUGGAGGUUCUGAAACAAGAAUAAUCCACAGGGACAUUAAGAGCAGCAACGUUCUCCUUGAUGAGGAUCUAACUGCAAAGAUUGCUGAUUUUGGACUAGCUCGGUGCUUUACAGCCGAUAAGACUCACCUUAGCACUGGAAUUGCAGGAACACUAGGGUACAUGGCUCCUGAAUAUCUGGUUCGAGGGCAACUAACCGAAAAAGCAGAUGUUUACAGCUUUGGUGUGCUGGUUCUUGAGAUUGUAUGUGGUAGAAAGAACAGUGUCUUCACACAAGAUACUGGUUCUGUUCUACAAACAGUUUGGAAUAAUUUUAAGUCAAAUACACUGCCAGAAUCUGUAGACAAAUGCCUGAAAGAUGAAUUUUCAGUGAAAGAAGCAUCAAAUGCGCUCCAAAUUGGGCUUCUCUGCACACAGACUUCAGUUUCCUUAAGGCCAUCCAUGUCUGAUGUUGUUCAAAUGCUAACUAAUGAAGAUUUCCCUAUUCCUUUGCCAGUGCAACCUCCCUUUCUGAAUGCAAGUGUAAUGGGUGCACCCAUGUCUACUGAAUCAUAUCGUGAUCCCAUAUCAGAUAAGCCUACAACAAUUGAGAUACUGGAAUAG